CAUCCCUCAGUCUUCCUCUCGUUAGAGUUGAUGCUACCGACAAUGAACGCGUCAAGCCCACUGUCACAGUCCCGGCUGACUUCACCGCGUACUCCUCUGGCGAUAUGGAGCAUUCGUUACACGCCACUUGGCUCGGACAUGCAGUCGGGCUACCUGGUCCAGCUCCCUACGGCCAAGGGCUGCAAGGCUCAUCGUGUUAUCUUUGAUCCCAUAUUCGCCCAGUAUGCAUACCCGUCAAAUAUCAUGAACGGUCUAGCCAGGCGCCUGCCUCCACCGUGCAGCAUUUCGCAACUACCCGAGAUUGAUUUUGUUGUCGUGAGCCAUAACCACUAUGACCACUGUGACCUUGAAGCACUCUCCGUCCUCUGGAAAAGAUCAAAAGCGGAUAGACCUAUCAAGUUCUUAGUCCCUCUUGGUCUUAAGUCUCUUCUUAUGUCUGCAGGUAUACCCAAGUCAGCGAUUGUGGAGCUAGACUGGUGGGACUCAGUCGCAUACCCAUGUGCAGGUGGACAAGAGGUCACGCUGGCCUGUACACCCUGCCAGCACACGAGUGGGCGAGGCGUGUUUGAUCAAAAAGGGACCCUCUGGUCUAGCUGGGUUGUGCAGCAAAAAUCGCCGGACAGUGACCUCAUGGCUUCUGUAUAUCACGCUGGAGAUACCGGGUACCAGACCGCUGCAGGGCCAUGUCCUGCAUUCAAAGAAAUCGGAGAUAAAUAUGGUCCUUUCGACCUUGCUAUGAUACCCAUUUGGCGUGGCGCUUCGCUGAGUUUCGUAAGCUCAUGGGGCUACAAGCUAUCGGACGACAGUCACCUCGCUACCACCCAUGCAUCUCCUGAGGAUGCCGUCCUCCUCACGAAGGAUAUUCGUGCUCGUCAUUCUCUGGCAAUGCACUUUGCGACAUGGGCGGGCAGCGACCACGAGGCUUUUGAGCCGCAAUACCGCUUGAUACAGGCUCGAAGUGGGGACUGGCACGAAGAAGGCGGCUUUGGUGUGAUCGAUAUUGGGGAGAGUGUUGUCAUUUCGGUGGCCAGGCCAGACACCUCACAGCGUUCGUGAGGAUGUCGCAACUUCUCGAGCCGGUCGUUUCAUUGGGAAUCUAGAUAUCAUGUUUCUUCUUCUCUUGUAGAACAUGGAAGCUGGUAUUUAUUGAGACACCACCUAAUUUGACAGCUGGCUAGGUUGAGUGUAACACACGAUACUACCAGAGUCUUCUUCUUGUUGUACUCCCCCUGCAAUAGCAGCGACAAAUUCAAAAAAAAACCUACCAGAGCCUUCGUUGAAAGGAGAGACGUGGGAAAGGAACACCAACCGAGCGCCUCGGGAGCAGUAGCUGUAAUAACCGAACUAUGGACUCGCCUUCAACAUCUUCGGCGUCCUUGCCCUCCUUCAGCGGCUCCCAUCUGCUCUCUGAAUCACUUCCAGAAACGCCAACUGCCGAAAGGACUGGCCCAGGCGGAGCCGAUCUCUCUCUAUCCGAACUAUCACUGAAUGACAGACCACCCGAGGAUAAGCCUUGGCGAUUUAGCCUCCUCGCUCCGGCACAUCAGCGCGGCCAGGAUGACGCCGCUGGCCCGGCCGUCGAUGAUACGAUAAACGAAGAGGAGGAGGACGAACAUGCUCCAGAGCAUGAGCCUGGAAGAUCGGUGCUGCGAGCGUCCGAGGCUGCACGCGCCAGAGAGGAGCGCCUGCUGCGCGAUCUGCAUACGCUUCGCAAGAUAAACGCGUCCUUUGCCGUGUUCAAGGAGGCGCUGCGGUCCACGCAGACUGCAACAGAGACUAUGGGUCAGCAACUGGCGCAGACCAAUGCACUGCUGGACAAGUAUGCUACUGUGCUCGCCAAGUCUGAAAGCGCGACGCGCCUCAUCUUUGAUCAGCGAUGGGAGGGCUCCGCUGCUGACGAGCAGCGGGUUCUCCGAGAACGGCGAGAAGAGGAGGAGCGUCUCAGGCGCGAGGCUGAAGAGCGUGCUCGACAAGAAGCGGAAAGGGAGGCAGCACGGCGGGAAGCAGAGGAACGCACCCGACGAGAAGCUGAGGAACGCGCUCUCGCUGAGGAGCGGGCGCGGUCCAAGAUCGCGCCCCGGGGACGUGGAGCUGGCACAACGUCGUCGUCUAGAACGCCGAUGAUAGCUAGCGGUGUUCGUGGUGUGCGAGGAACACGCGCGUCCAUCAUGGCUGCGCGUGGAGCAAGGGGUUCGACGAGAGGUGCACCUUCUGGCAUUCCAUCGAGUUCAGCGCAUACACGGACGGGAAGCGCCACUGGCAGUGUGAGUGGAAGGUCGGGCUCAUCAAUAUCAAGAGGAUCAUUGCGAGGGAGGGUGUAAUUGGCUAUUCCAGUGGAAUGAACCUUACGACACAUCACUGCACCUAUACCACGAUGUUCGCGAACGAUAAGCACAACUCGUCAGAUGAACCAAUGUGAUACUGCAAAAUGGUAACAAGUGGUGAGAUAUAUGCAACUACGUCGCCAUAUCCUGAGAGAAAAAGAUCAAAGUAGGGUGAUUGUGCUACUGAGUACAAGUUGUAAAGUCCAUAUGUAUCGUAAACUGUGAUCGUCAAGCAUGUCCAAGCAUGUCCAAUGUGAUAGUCCGUUCGUUAUCAGUCCAUGCUGUUUUGAAGGUCUGCAGAGCAGCCAAAAGUCCAGUUCAUUGCAGACGGUGCAUCCCUGCUACGGUGCAUUUAAGCGGUAGCAGAGGAGUUCGUGGCCUGGAUGGAGAACUGAUUGCUCCAGUUGCCAGAGUCACCCAUCACUAUGAGAGCACAUUUGCUGUCAGCUCAAGUUCAAGAAACCACAUCUCAACUUUACUUACAGACAAUGAUGUAGUCAUCACCGGCGGUAAUGUUGGCGGGUAUGGUCACGUUGACGGACCCUUGAGUGAGGUUGAAGCCCUGGGCGAGAGGGCUGUCGGCCAAGGUCGUGUUGCCAGUGCGGAGGUAAACAACACCCUCGGGGUUGGUGACC